AUGACGAACAAACGCAAAGGGGUUAUCUGCACAUUCCCUCAGUGCAACAAGACGCUGACAACGUCCAAGUUCAAGCAGCACUUCGCCCGGCACCUGAAGGAGGGGGAGAGCUACGACGUAAGCCACCGUGACCGCUACGAGCGUGCGCUCGACGACGCAAGCCUACUUCCUGAAGGCCAAGAUGAAGAAUCCUCGUCGGAUGAAGAGGAAGAUGCGGAAGAUGCGAACGAGGAUGAACGCGAGGAAGCGGACAAGGAUGCAGAUGUUGAGAUGGAGACCCCGGCUUCAGCGGGCGACGUGGAUGGUGCUGACGACGGACCCAAGAGUCCGGAGACUCAGCGCCGUGUGCUCCGUGCGCUACGCAAUCUCCGUUAA